AUGUCUACCGCCCAAGAUAUCACAAUCCCGCGUCCGGGAGCAGAAACCUCUGGAUCUAUAACCUCGAUCCCAGGACCAUCCGAAGACUCCUUCACCAGUACAUUCGGACACCUGCUCCCUCCUGCCAACUACCUCUCAACCGCAUACGGCAGGAUCGCUUACUACACCUACAUCCCCACCAACCAAUCCACCACUUCUCCCUCCUCGCGUGUCCUUUUUCUUCACGGCGUGCAAACCCCAACAUUGGGAUUGCAACCCUUGGCUUCAUCCCUACACACCUUAUUUCCUUCUUCUACAUUUGUGCUUUGCGAUCUUUGGGGCCACGGACUUUCAUCUACUCCUCUUGCGCCACAUACGCCUUCUUUGUUCCACUCUCUCAUUGACUCUCUACUCGAACAUUUGACUUGGGAGUCUUGUCAUCUGGUCGGCUAUUCUUUUGGCGGCAGCACUGCAAUCUCCUACAUUGCUUCUUCCACCUCCAGAGCCAAGAAAAUAACCAGUACAUCACUCAUCGCACCAGCAGGUCUCUGGCGGUCUGAAUCCCUGGACGCGAGUAGAUUAAACAGCACAGACUUUGCAAUCGCAAAAGCGCACGUCUUGGAUUUGCUGGAAGGUGGCNCCCUGGUAGUCCCAGAAGAUUGGCAAGAGAGAAUUGCCAAUGGCCAAAUCGUCGCCGAAAAAGUCAGAGAAUGGCAGAUGGAACACCAUACCGCACACACAACUUCCGUGAUCGCUAUCGUCAGGGAUGGAGGUGUUUUCGGACUCGAAGAUAUCUAUGCAGCUGCGGUGAAGACGACCGUGCCUAUGAUUGCAGUGCUCGGAGAAACCGACGAUGUGGUAUACGAGAAGGAUUUGCGGGCUGCGGGAAUGAACAAUGUGGUUGUGGUGCGGGGAGCUGGACAUGCGGUUGUGCGUCAAAAAGUCCCCGAGGUCGCGCAUCACAUCGAGGGGUUUUGGAAAGCGCUGCGGUGA